UGAAUAUUUUGCUGCGUCUUUGUGUUAUCGAUGGAAUUCAAACAUUGAUCUAAAGUCUGCAAUAAUUUAGGAAUGUCCACUGUCAAAUAAGGUUUUUUGGAUUUGUUGCAGAAUGACCUGAGGUCCCAAAAGUUGACGCAAUCCUUAAAUCAUCAUCACCAUUUAUGUCUGAUUAUUUUUACAUAAAAUUAACUUCGUAUGCGCAAAACUUUUUUCUCAUGGACAUUCAUUCAAAUUCUAAUUUCUCAUGGACACCCUGGGUUGUUCUACCUUGUAUUAAGCUGGUAUAAGGAAAAUUUUGGUAUCACACUAAUUUAUAAAUGGUCUAUUCUGAUGUCGUUAGGUCAGAUUGUUAUGUGUCGGAAUCCUUAAAUGGUGUCUUGCUUACAAGAAGACUAAUCCCAAACAAUAUUGUUGGAUAUAUGUUAGUGUUUGAUAAUAUUUGUGUUUUCAUACAUCGAGCAACAUUUCUUGUUCCUAUUUUUCUAAUUUUUUGUUUCUUUUUCCUGAAGCUGUUAAUAUAUAAAUAAAUUGCCGAAUAGACAUGGAAUCUCCUGAAUUUGUUGACGAAGAUGAAGAAUCGGAUUUAGAGGAAGAUGUUCCUCCAGCGAAAUCUUCAAAAUUGUCAGGAAGUGAUUUGUACAAACCUCCGACAACAGAAGAACUCAAUACUCUCCGAGAUACAAAUAUGUUAUUUCAUUCCAAUUUGACAAAAUUACAGAUCACAGAGCUGCUGAAAGAAGUGACAUUAUCAAAAACAAAGCGUGAAAAAGUUGAUGAAUACUUACAUUCACUACAUGAUGUCAUCAUGACUUUGCCCAUCACAGAUAAAUUCAAGUUAUCUGAGAGUCAGAAGAUGUUCGAUCAAAUUCAAAUUCCAUUUGUCAUGAAGCCUGCGAAGGUCAAAGGUGAAAUGAAAUGCACUCCCCCAGCUGAUAUACAAGUUGUGGGAAGUUAUCUUCUUGAUACAAAUUUAAAACAAAAAUUGAACAUCGAUCUCGUGUUGGAACUCCCAACGGAAUCUAUGCAAGCGAAGGAUCAUCUGAAUCAAAGAUAUUUGAGGAAGAGAGCAGUUUAUCUUGCCUAUAUUGCUCAUUAUUUAUUGGAAAAUGAUCUCAUUUCUGAACUCAAAUUUGCCUACUCUGAAGAAAAUCCUCUCAAACCUGUACUGCUACUCAAACCUUCUGGUAAACUCUCAAAUUCUCUGAUUGUUCGAGUCCACACUUGUCCUGGUAAAGAAUCUUUUAAAUUAGAAAGAUUUCUUCCACAUAAAAGCAAUGUUCGAAAGAGCUGGUUUACAGGAAUAUCAACUAAACAAGAUGAUGUCUCUCUCAAUCCAACACCACAUUAUAACAGCAUUGUACUACGAGAUAUGUUAAUGGUGGAACAUUUGAAAUAUUUAUUCGAGUCAUUUUCUGAAUACGAAGGAAUCAGAGAUGGAAUUAAAUUAUUGAAAGUUUGGCUGAGACAACGGGAACUUGACCAAGGCACUGGUUGUUUCAAUGGUUUUAUAAUAUCAAUGUUGGCUGCUUAUUUGUUGGAGAAAAGAAGAAUUAAUAAAAUGAUGAGCAGUUAUCAAGUUGUGAGAAAUGUUUUCCAAUAUUUAAGCACAUCAGAUUGGACGGAAGAAGGCAUCAGCUUUAAAGAUCAGGAUACUUCUGAAUUUCAUAAAUAUUUUGAAAUUGUUUUUGUUGAUCCAACUGGAACAUUGAAUUUAUGUUCUGAAAUGUCUGCUGCUGUGUAUUAUCAGGUCUGCCAGGAAGCAGAAUAUUCUCUAAAAACUCUGGAUAACAAAGUGAUAAGCAAUGGGUUUGAUGCUGUGUUUAUGACAUCACUUCCUUUCAUUAAAAAAUUUGAUCACAUCAUACAUGUUUGUCGACCAUGGUUGUUGCAUAACUCAUGUGAGAGGAUGAAUUUAAUAGAAAAUUUACCUGACUACGGUGGAAAUGCAAUUAAUUGCGCAGUCCCAAAAAUUAUGAGUGUUUUGCGGCAAGGAUUAAGGUCAAGGGUCAAGCUCAUUGGCGUCAAAGGUUGUAAAUAUGGCAUGUGGUCCACUGAUUCUCAUCCACCAUCUUGGAAGGAUCCUUUAUCAACAUUAUCAUUUGGAUUCAUUCUCACUUCUGAUGCCUCCUCUAUUAUUGAUAAAGGGCCAACUGCUGAAACUCCAGAGGCAUCCUCGUUUCGAGAGUUUUGGGGAGAUAAAUCUGAGUUGAGAAGAUUUCAAGAUGGAUCUAUUUGUGAGGCUGUUGUUUGGAAUUGCAAAAAUAAAACAGACAAGAGAAAUAUUCUGGAAAAUAUUACAAAACAUAUUCUUAGAUUGCACUGCAAUUUAUCCAGCAAUUCUAUCAUCUACAAUUCCAAUCAAAUUGAAGAGAUUUUGACAUUGAAAACAGAUUCAAAACAAACAGAAUAUGUCCCUGUACCUGGUUAUGUUGGAACAGGUGACGAAGUCAAUAUCAAGCUCGUUCACUCUUACAAUGAAUUAUGUCGGCAACUUAGAAAUUUGAAAGAUUUACCUCUGACUGUGGUUUCUUUACAAGGAGUUUCACCUGCACUGAGAUAUACAGAGGUUUAUCCACCAACUCAGGUCAUCAUUCCUGACAACCAAGUGAUGAAAAAAAUAAUGAAGAAAAUCCAAAUUCCAGAUUCCGAGGAUUCUGCUCCACCUUAUGUACAUGCAAUCGAAGUAAUCUGUCAUCUUGAAGGAAGUGGGAAAUGGCCUCAAGAUGUUGAAGCAUUACGUAGAUUAAAAGCUGCUUUUCAUAUCACAUUUUCUGAUGAAUUAGAGAAAGAACAUUCAGAAUUAACUUGUGUUCCUACUCAAACCUAUCUGGAUGUUUUCAAGGAUGGUUUUGUAUUUCGAAUCAUCAUAGCAUAUCACAGGGAAAUUACAAUAAUGCAAACAUUCACAACAAAUGAUGGUCUGGUCAAAAAUAAAAUAACUCCUGAAUCAAUUGCAUUGGAAGAGAAGACUUCGCAUUUACCAAAGCUUGCAAGUGUUUUACAUGGAUUAACUCAGAAGUUUCCUUCGUUUUGUCUCACGACUCGGUUAGCAAAACGAUGGAUCAACGGCCAAUUACUAUCACGUCACGUACCUGAAAUUGUUAUCGAACUUUUAUGUGCAAGUUUGUACACAAAUCCAGAGCCAUAUACAACACCUGGAUCAGCUCAAGUUGGAUUCAUCCGUUUUCUUUCAUUCAUCUCAAAGUUUGAUUUCAAUUCAAAUCUUGUCAUCGUAGACUUCAAUAAUGAGUUGGAAGAAUUCGACAUCACUACUAUCCAGGAACAUUUCAACACGAAUCGUGAUUCUCUUCCCACGAUGUUCAUUGCAACCAACAAGGAUAAAACAAGGUCAAUAUGGACAAGAAAACAACCAACUUGUAUGAUUUUACGUAGAUUGCAAGCUUUAGCUGUCAUAUCUUUGAAGAAUUUAGAAAAUGAAAUUAUGAGUUUGGAGAAAGGAGUCAGUACAAUGAGUAUUUUCCACGGAUCAUUAUCAGCAUAUGAUGUUGUGAUUCAUUUGGAACCAAAAUGUGUUGCCAGAAAAUAUGAAGCUUGUCAAGUUGAUGGAGAUAUUGUGGAGGAAGAUCUGGCAACACAGAAUGAAAAUUCCAAUAUACUGCCAGUUGUUGGAUUUGAUCCAGUGCAAUCAUACUUGGACGAACUCGAGUCAUCAUAUGGUGAGCUGGCUAUGUUCUUUCACAACACCAAUGGUGGACAAGAAAUUGGGGUUUUAUGGAGGCCAAAUGCUUUUCAACCAAGAGAAUUCAAACUAACCACUGCCUUAUGCUCAUCAAUCCUCAGUAAAAGUAAAGUUGCAGCAAAUGUUAAAACAGUCAUAGAAGAUUUUCAAAUCAUCGGGAAAGGACUGGUUUCAAAUAUUGAAUUAAGAACAGAUAAAUGGAAAAUUUGAUCGGAUAAAUAAAUUAGAAACGUAAAA